AACAAUGAAGGGAUGCGGGAGGAGGGAGAAGGCGAGGAGGAGUAAGAAGAAGAGAAGGAGGAGAAACCAACAAGAGGAAAUAGAAGUCGUUAAACAAAAGCAAGUUCGGACAACAGCUAAAGUUUUUAUCAAACUCACCUCUUGCAAUGGGCAACCUCUCAGUGGUCCUGCUCCUCUGCGGUCUCCAUGCACUCGCAGCUGUAGUCCAAGCCCAGAAGAGCGAGACCACAGAGGCACCUGUCGGGACCCCCCUGCCAGCCAACUGCAGGGAGGAGAUGUACCUAUGCACCAGGAUGUACUCGGUCCAUCGGCCCCUCAAGAGAUGCCUGGGUGGGCGUUGCAUUUACAGCGUCCCUCGCGUCUACGUGAUCAACAAUGAGAUUUGCACGAGGACGGUGUGCAAAGAUGAGGAGAAUCUCAAAGUCGAGCUGUGCAGAGAAUUGUCCGGGUGGCCCAAGCGCAUCACGAGGUCGUCGAAUAGGAAACGCUGCCGCAAUCGCCGUGGCAACCCCAAAACUUGGGCAAACAAGGCCUGACGGGGGUCUCGGAUACGGCCGCCCGCCCGGGUGUCGUCGUCAGCAAAACAGCCCAUAACACUAUAAAUCUCACGCUUGACACCUACGGGGUCUCCUCAGUGUGUGCUGAGUCAUAUCUUUGUUUAUGUGUUUUAACUUUCAAUUGCCCGUGAAUACCGUACAUUUCAUGGAUCAUGUCUAGCAGGAUUUACGACCCUUGAAAAAGAUCUAUGGAAAGCAGUUGGAGUAUUUUUGCCAUUUCCCGGAUACCCAAUGGAAGCUCCAUGCACGAGGAUGAUCUUUUUCCUCACUAGCAAGACAAAAAUACGACAAAGUGAAAUAUAUCGAAUAAAUGCUUGAACAACUUUCCACAAGGUUUUAUAUCAUCGCACAAGUCGUUUUGACACUGCAAGGUGCUAACCGAUAAUCCAGGAUUUCUUACAUGCAGUUGUAGUCCAUUAAUGGCUUUGUGUCCUCUCGCAUUUCCUUUGUUCAAGAAAUAAAAAGCACAAAAAUU